UUUAACUAAAGACCAGUCUCUUCUCGUGUUCCUAAAGCUUCGAAAUAAUUCCAUCUGCUGUUUUUAUUCGCCUGCACUCUUCUUGUCCUGCAGUCUCAAAUUACACAUUUUUUUUUAAUCGGAUUUUUUUUGGGUAUUAGUGAAGAAGAAAACAUCAACCAAACAAAGAGGCAAUAAAAAAGAAGAAAACUCACUCACAACGAUGCAGAAAGCGACAAAGGCAAAAGGCAGAGGAGAGAAAGUAAAAGGGUGAAAAAAAAAACUAAAGAAGAAGAAGAAGAAAGAUCAGAUUUUUCUUUUAAUUUUGGGUGGAUUGUUUCCUUUUCCUUUGCUUGAUUGCUUCGAAUUGGAAUAAGUCUGAAGAAUUUCGAGGCGGCCAUGGCUGUCGGCUUUCUCUUUUUCUCUUCUUCUUUCUCUGAUUCUCAAAGGUCUCUUCUUUAUCCCUCUCUGUUUCUUGAUCUUCCUUAUUACUUCAAUUGGGUUUGUGAUUCGAUCUGAUUUUAGGGUUUUGAAUUGUUUAAUUUGUCAAUUUCGAUUCUGAAAUUUCGAGCCUUUUUGGUUACUGUACUUAGUUAGAAUCCCCAAAGUUCUCGACUUUCUCGCGGAUUCACUUUUUCUUGAGGGGGGAUCAUUGAGAAGUUAUGAAGAACAGCGAGAUUAGGCCUGAGAAGUUGCAUUUACGUAAACUAAGAAAAAGUUUGAGGAAGAUCAGAAUGAAGUGUUUGUGUUCUGGUGAACAAAUGAGGCAUAGAGAAGAAGAAGACAAGAAAUCUGAGGUUGGAGUUGGUAGAGACUACAAUGGAAGCUCAGCUUUAUCGACCGCAGAAAGCGAGAAUGCUAAGAAACUAGAUAAUGGAAAUAUCGAAGAAGCCGAGUUAUCUCUGCGUGAGACGAGUUCAUUGAACUACGAGGAGGCGAGAGCGCUUUUGGGAAGAAUUGAGUAUCAGAAAGGAAAUAUAGAGGCGGCAUUGCGAGUCUUUGAAGGGAUAGAUAUCAAUGGUAUCACAGUAAAGAUGAAAACCGCUCUAACCGUUAGAGAAGACCGGAAACAUAGAAGACGGUCUAAAGGCGGCUUUUCUACUGCUCCUUCACCUGCCAUGUCUAAACAUGCUGUUAGUUUACUUUUCGAAGCUAUUUUUCUCAAAGCCAAGUCUCUCCAGCGUCUUGGAAGGUUCCAAGAAGCUGCGGAGUCUUGCAGAGUUAUUCUUGAUAUAGUCGAGACUUCUUUAGCAGAAGGUGCGUCGGAUAAUGUGACUGGAGAUAUUAAGUUGCAGGAGACACUGACAAAAGCGGUUGAGCUGCUUCCUGAGUUGUGGAAGCUUGCUGAUUCACCUCGUGAUGCUAUUUUGUCGUAUAGAAGAGCGCUUCUCAAUCACUGGAAACUCGAUCCAGAAACCACGGCGAGGAUACAGAAAGAGUACGCAGUGUUUCUCCUCUAUUCCGGGGAAGAAGCAGUGCCGCCAAACCUACGUUCUCAGACUGAGGGCUCAUUCAUUCCGAGGAACAAUGUGGAAGAAGCUAUUCUUCUUCUGAUGUUACUUCUCAGGAAAGUUAAUCUGAAAAGAAUCUCAUGGGAUGCGGCAAUCUUGGACCAUCUCUCGUUCGCUCUUACAAUCGCAGGCGAUCUAACCGCUCUGGCUAAGCAGUUUGAAGAGCUUAGUCCUGAGCUCUUGGAUCAGAGGGAACUUUAUCAUACAUUGUCUUUGUGUUACCAAGGUGCAGGAGAAGGUCUUGUUGCGUUAGGUUUACUGAGGAAGCUAUUUUCAGAACGAGAGGAUCCAAACAGGACUUCGGGUUUGCUGAUGGCUUCCAAAAUAUGCGGUGAGAGGUCUGGUCUUGCUGAGGAAGGGUUAGAUUAUGCCCGGAAAGCUAUCGGAAACUUGGGGAAGGAAUGCAGUCAAUUAGAUGGAGCAGCGCGUUUCGUUUUAGGGAUCACGCUCACGGAAAGCUCUAGAAUGGCUGUUACAGAGACUGAGAGGAUAGCUAGGCAAUCCGAGGGGAUUCAGGCCCUGGAAUCUGCAGAUAUGACAAACCCGAGGGUUGUGCACCGUCUUGCGUUGGAGAAUGCAGAACAGAGGAAACUGGAUUCUGCAUUAGCAUAUGCUAAAGAGGCGUUGAAACUUGGAGCAGAGUCUGAUCUUGAAGUAUGGUUACUUUUGGCUCGGGUUUUAUCUGCACAGAAGCGGUUUUCAGACGCGGAGACCAUUGUGGAUGCAGCGCUUAACGAGACAGGGAAAUGGGAACAGGGGAAGCUGUUACGUUUGAAGGCAAAGCUUCGUUUAGCUAAAGGAGAAGUGAAAGAUGCGAUUAAGACUUACACACAACUUCUAGCACUCCUUCAGGUUCAAAGCAAAAGCUUCAAUUCUGCAAAGAAGCUGCCUAAGGGAUAUGUAAAGGAAUUGAUGAGUCUGGAGCUUGGGACGUGGCACGAUCUGGCUCAUAUUUACAUAAACCUCUCGCAAUGGCGUGACGCAGAGUCAUGUCUCUCGAGAUCAAGACUCAUUGCACCUUACUCUUCUGUUAGAUACCACAUUGAAGGUGUACUGUACAAUAGACGGGGGCAAUUAGAAGAAGCAAUGGAGGCGUUCACAACCGCUCUUGACAUAGAUCCGAUGCACGUCCCAAGCUUAACAUCGAAGGCUGAGAUACUGCUGGAGGUCGGUAACCGAUCAGGCAUAGCGGUUGUUAGAAGCUUUCUAAUGGAGGCUCUUAGGAUUGAUAGGCUGAACCACUCGGCUUGGUACAAUCUUGGAAAGAUGUUCAAAGCUGAAGGGUCCGUCUCGUCGAUGCAAGAAGCCGUUGAGUGUUUUCAAGCCGCCGUUACUUUGGAGGAAACAAUGCCAGUGGAGCCAUUCAGAUGAUUUUGCCCUCUCAAAUCAUAUUUUUUUUGUCUUUGGUUAUGAUUUCUCCUUUUCUGAUUCUUUUUUUUUGUGUUUGUUUUUGAUAGAUGAAUAUAAGAAGAUAUAAAGAUGUAUGUGUACGAGUAUAUCAUUUGAUGUCAAGUUUAUAAACAUUUUGUAAUACACAGUUAAACAAAAAUUAAUAUAGGUUUUGGUGAGGUAAA